CCAAACAACCAUCUUCCAUAUACAGAGGGCCUAGUCCAGUCCCAUGGUAUAGUGCCACCAUGAGGACCAGGAACUAGAGCUCUUUUUAAUCUUUAAGCUUUUAGCAGCAGUUCAGCUGAGAUCCAUUCAGAUGAGGACUCAGAGGCUUCUAGCUGAGGAAACAGGAUCAGGUGAGAAGUUGGCAAUGUGAGGUGGCUGUGACUUGUUCUGCUUCUCUGAUCUUCCAGCACUCACCCUAAUACCUGGCUCCAGGUUUGUUUUUAUUUAUAAGAUCUUUUAAGAUGCAUACUACAAAAGCUAAUGGAUGAAAGCUUUAGUCCCUGAAGUCCGAGAGGAGCUGCAGGAACUAACCAUAUGCAAUGAGGGGUUGUAGGACCCCAGGGUGUGCACGCUUUCUCAGAAGCACAGGUAAGGCAGUCUGAGUCUUGGAAGUGGCAUCUCAUGUGACAGGGACAACCUUGGGGCACAGCCUGACAUGUGAGGUCUGACAGUGUCUCAGUGUCAGAGCUGACCUAACUUAGAGGUUGCACAGCUGGUGUCUGCUGCAGAACUAAACUUUUGCUUGUUUUUUGAAGAAAACCUAGAUAUUUUAGGAUCAUGGAAGCAAUGUUAUGAGAGAAAUGUUCAAGAACCAUCUUAAAGACAUCUUUUUCUACUAUGUCAUUAUAGUAAGAAACCCAUGACUCUGUACCCAUUGCACUUCUCUUUCUAUCCCUCCUCAGGGUGACGUUACAUCACACCUGAGGCCACUGAGAUCUGCUUCCUGUGUUGACCAUGCCGGGGUGGAGCUGUCUGGUGACAGGAGCAGGAGGGUUUCUGGGCCAGAGGAUCAUCCAUAUGUUGGCUCAGGAGAAAGAGCUGCAGGAAAUCAGGGCCUUGUUCAGGUCCUUCACUCCAAAACACAGGGAGGAAUUAUCCAAGCUGCAGACAAAAGCCAAGGUCACAGUGCUGAAGGGAGACAUUCUGGAUGCCCAGUGCCUGAGGAGAGCCUGCCAGGGCGUCUCUGUUGUCAUCCACACCGCUGCCAGCCUUGACAUCUUGGGUGCCAUUCCCAGACAGACCGUCCUGGAUAUCAACCUGAAAGGUACUCAGCUCCUGUUGGAUGCUUGUGUGGAAGCCAGUGUCCCGGUCUUCAUCUACAGCAGCUCAGUGUCUGUGGCUGGACCAAACUCCUACAAGGAGGUCAUCCAGAAUGGCUGCGAGGAAGACCAUCAUGAAAGCAGAUGGUCUAAUCCCUACCCAUACAGCAAAAAGAUGGCUGAGAAAGCAGUGCUGGCAGCCAAUGGGAGCAGCCUGAAAGAUGGUGGCACUUUGCGUACUUGUGCCUUAAGAAUCCCACUCAUCUAUGGGGAAGGGAGUCAACACGUUUCAUAUGCAGUGAAUAGAGCACUCAAGAACAAUGGCAUUCUUGACAGUUUGGGCAAAUUCUCUGUGAUCAGCCCAGUGUUUGUGACUAAUUCUGCCUGGGCACACAUUCUGGCAGCCAAGGGCCUACAAGACCCCAAAAAGUCACCAAAUAUCCAAGGUCAGUUCUACUACAUCUCAGAUGAAACCCCUCACCAAAGCUCUGUUGAUUUAUAUUAUGCCCUGAGCAAGGACUGGGGCCUCCGCCUUGAUUCCAGUUGGAGCCUUCCUCUGCCCAUGCUCUACUGGCUUGCCUUCCUGUUGGAAACUGUGAGCUUCCUGCUGCGUCCAAUCUACAGUUACCGGCCUCCUUUUAACCGCUUUUUGGUCACAGUAACAAAUAGUGUGUUCACCUUCUCCUACAAGAAAGCUCAGCGAGAUCUGGGCUAUGAGCCUCUUGUCAGCUGGGAGGAAGCCAGGCAGAAAACUUCUCAGUGGAUUGGGUCACUAGUGGAGCAACACAAGGGAAAACUGAACACAAAGACUCAGUGAUGUGAUCAUGGCAGGGACUCCAGAAGAGUCUAAGAUACAACCCAACUCUUACACUUCCCUUUGACACACUGGCCAACUUGUCUUCAGGUCACCGAAGCCUUGCCAGGCACUGACCCAGUCCCAAACUUUUGCCCUUAGCACUUGCCCAGAGACACACAGGCUGUGCCUCAGCUGCUAUGAAUAAAGGCUCAGUUUCUAGUGGUGAACUGCCCAGAGCCUCCUGUAACUUAGAAAUUCAUCAGAAUUUCCAUUUCUCCUCUCACAGUCCCAAAGCAUUGCUUGUCUGAGAAAAUUCCCAUUGCUUCAUGAAGCUCAAAGAAAGAACAAUAAAAAGGUUUCAUGUCUAGUCCAGAGAAGGUUGGUCUGGGGAGUCUUGAUUCCAGCUUUCCUUUCUAUAGCCAAUUAAGGCCAUAGUGAGAACAGAAACAGAAUGUCACUCUCACAGAGGUGGGCCCUAGCAUGGACUAGAUGACUGACCUGGAUUGCCUCAGUUCAGCAUCACCAGGUCACAGACAGUAUCUUGCUCAUGGUCUUAGGAAAUUCAAACCCACUUCCUCCCACUGAAUGGUGGAGCUCACACUGGUUGUCAGUGGGUACAGCACAGCCCUUGAACAUAAUCUGUUCUUCCAGGGCAGAGUCUUGCCUCCCUUGGUCUCCGUCCUUCUUACCCUUCCUACCAACUAUACAUGGGGCUCUCUAGAACCAGGACAAGCCUUGAGAGCUACCCAGGAGACUGUGAGCACGGUGACAAAUGGCCCUGGGCAUCAUAGAUGAUCUGAGAGUCUCCUUGUAAUGAAUUCCCCCAAAUGUACCUCCUCCUGAGUCUAUGAUGUGAAAGUCUGCUAUCCCUACCUCUAAAUGUAGCUGCCUCUCCAUCUCUUUUCCUCCAUUUCCCAAUCUCUUAAAGCUAUAGUGCUGUGGGAUGUUCUGUGUGUCAAAUGUGUUGCUCUGAUUGGUUAAUAAAUAAAACAUGCUGCCAGUCACCACCAUGACAAGCAACAUGCAAAAGAUACCCAUAAGCCACAAGCCAAGUGGCAACUUAUAGAUUAAUAGAAGUGGGUUAAUUUAAGAUAUAAGAACUAGAUAACAAGAAGCCUGCUGUGGCCAUACAGUAUAUAAGCAAUGUAAGUCUCUCUGUGUUUACUCAGUUGGGUCUGAGUGGCUGUGGGACUGGCGGGUGAGAGAGAUUUGUCCUGACCAUGGGCCAUGCAGGACUGGAGAACUCUACCUACAAAUGGCACCCAACGGGUUGGCAAGAGUUUCCACUUAAAACCUGAGAAAAAAAAAGAUUCUAAAAUGGAGCAAAAAAACAGCUUCCUACUUGUCUCUCUCAAGUUAGUGGCAGCCUGCAGGUUUGAGCUACUCUAUGGUGGGUCCGUGGCGUUCCUGCAGGCUUGACCUACCCUAUGUUACACUGAGAUGUCUCCAAGCUGCCCACUAUGCUGUGUGUUGGAUAUAGUUUUUGCUAGUUAAAAAAAAAAAAAAGAGGUUUCUGGGCUACACGCUGCUAUGAUAGAAGCAUAAACCACUGUUUCUGAGAAUUGAUGUCUCCCAGAGCUGGCGGAAAACGUACCACCACCAUGUUGGGAAGCUGAGGUGAGCGGAGCCAGCAUUCACAGCAGCCGUUUAGGUCUUACAAUUGCUACAGUUUAAAACAAUUGAUUCACAAUAAGACAGACUCAAAUGAAAUGCACCUCUAAAUGGUUUACAAUAUGUAUAAAAAUGUACGUGGGCUUGGAAGAGAAAAGAAAGGAAUAUAGACAGCUAUAUUAAAGAAAAAAAGUUUUAAAAUAAAGUCUUUAAAGAGACACUAAAGGUAAUAUAAAAUAUAAGCCACGUAAAGAUAGAGAUCACACAGAGAAUCUCGAUCAUGCUGUCUUUGGGAUUUUUAACUGCAGAGAGACAUUUGAUUGUAAAGGCUGCUGAGUUAAACUAAUAUGUACAUUUUAAAGGUACCUUGACUUCAAAAUUUGGAUGUAAGGAUAUGUUGCUUUGGAAAGGAGGCUCUGCUUUUGUUUCCACAGAAAGCCAGAGGCUAUGGAUUUGUUCCAGAUUAAGAUACAUCAGUUUUGACCAACCAAGACCCCCGAAAAGGUCUCCGAUGAUACCAGGGCCCAAAUGAUCCAACAUCCGGAACAGUUUCAGGCAACUGGCUCAGAUGAUACACCCUCAUGGACUACCCCAUAAUCCUAAAAUUUUCUUUGUGUCCCCAUAAGAUACAGUGCCCCCUCCAGCAGGAAGUAGUAAGAGAAGCUACGCCCAAAUUCCCAAAUAUACCAACCUGGCUUUGGAGAUGGAAUUGGCUCACUCCUUCUCUAAACCCAGGCAUAUUGCUAAAAGAAAAGGUUAAGAGGUUCCUUUGUCCCAUAUCAGAAGAGCCCUCUGGUGUGGGACUGAGAAAAACCAAUAUUUUUAUUUAAAUCAGGUUAAUUAUAAAUAUGAUCUCUUUCUAAAGAAAAAGGGGAUAUGAUAUAGAUAUGAUAGGAUGAAAGAGUAGAUUAUUGAAUCUACUUUUAAAGAGCAAAUUGUUUAAAAAUGUUUCACAUUGCUAGAGAUUUUAGUUUAUUGAUACAAGUUUAAACUUAAUUUGUUAUACUGUAUAUAUAUUUCUA